AUGGCUACACACCAUCGGUUCCUUCAAGGGAAUCUGAACCGCUGCGCUGGCGCGCAGGACUUGUUCCUGCAAUCCAUGCUGCAGUGGUCAGUGGACGUGUCGGUCGUCGCAGAGCCCUACUUCGUGCCAUCUCAACCCAACUGGGUGGGGGACACGGGGGGCUCUGUGGCGAUUGUGGCAUCGACGGGCGCGGGCUCCAUGCCCCUAUCUGUCAGGGACAGAGAGCUCAGUUUCGUCUCUGCCGCCUGGGGUGGGAUUUUGGUUUUCGGGGUCUACUUCUCCCCGAACAGGCCGCUGUCCGAGUUCGAGGUCUUCCUCGACCGCCUGAGGACUGCGGUGGGUAGGGCGUCAUCGGGCAGCGUGGUCGUGCUUGGCGACUUCAACGCCAAGCAUACGUCCUGGGGGUCCCCGGCGACCGAUGGCCGUGGAGAGGCAGUGGAGACGUGGGCGGCCCAGUGCGGCCUGGUCGUCCUAAACCGCGGCUCGACCAACACGUGCGUGCGAGGGCAGGGCGGGUCCAUAGUGGACUUAACGUUCGCUAGUCCUGCACUUGCAUCGCGCGUGUCAGACUGGAGAGUUGUGGAGGACCAUCGGUGUCAUCCAGCCAGGUCCAGGGUUGUCGGCCUUCCCGAGAUGGUCCCUCUCGCGCCUCAAUAA